UAAGCUUUUUCAGUUUGAUGGGUGCAUAUGCAUAGACGCUGAAACUUGAAAGAGAAAUCGAUGGCUACCAUUUCACCCCUUCUCUCCCAAUACGGAUUUUCUCUCCGUCGGUUCUCCGUUGCUGUUCCGCCCAGAAUCACUUGCUCUGUUAGCAGAGAUGGUUCUGAGGGGAGGGAAAACUUGUUUCAACUGAAGGAAGUGAAGAGUGUAGCUUGUGGAAUUUUUGCUGUCUGGGCUUUGACCAGUGCAACGCCUGUAAUUGCCGCCAAUCAGAGGUUGCCUCCAUUAUCAACAGAUCCAAAUCGGUGUGAGCGUGCAUUUGUGGGAAACACCAUAGGUCAGGCAAAUGGGGUCUAUGACAAGCCACUUGAUCUCCGCUAUUGUGACUAUACAAAUGAAAAAUCCAACCUGAAAGGAAAGUCCCUUUCUGCUGCACUUGUCUCAGAUGCUAAGUUCGAUGGUGCUGACAUGACAGAAGUAGUGAUGUCAAAGGCUUACGCCGUCGGGGCCAGCUUCAAGGGUGUAGACUUUUCUAAUGCUGUGCUAGAUCGUGUAAAUUUUGGGAAGGCCAAUCUCCAAGGAGCUGUGUUUAAGAACACGGUACUCUCGGGAUCCACUUUCGAUGAAGCCCAAUUGGCAGAUGCAGUUUUUGAGGACACGAUAAUCGGGUACGUCGAUCUUCAGAAGCUUUGUGUAAAUACAAGUAUUAGUGCUGAAGGAAGAGCUGAGCUGGGAUGCAGAUGACCAGUUAAGUAUGGUCUGUGAGUCUGUGACUAGUCCCCAACCAAUGUGUAAGCAAUACCAAGUGAUAUAGAGAAUGAUUUUGUGGCUAAGGCAACUGUUUUCUGUUUUACAUUUCUUAAAUUGAAGCCUUUUACUGAGAAUACUUACAUUUGUAAAUCUGCUCAUGUACUCUAAACAAUGUUCAAUUUUUCCGUGUCUUCUAAGGUUUAGUUGAGCUAUAUAUCAUUAUGGUUUACUUGAGC